CCCAAGUUGACUCUUGAGAAUCACCGCUUCUUUCAUCACUCGAGUACAUCUUGUAUCUUAAUCUAUGUAUGUACUACUACCUCUUCUUGACCCUUCAUCCCCCAUACCAUGAGAAUUGUAUCCAGACACGAACCAGUCCAACCCAGACCGCCCUAGCAGUUAGUUGGAGUAGCGGCCGCAAUGACUCGCUGGGGUCUGGUUCGGUUGGGCUGGGCUUGCCUGCAGACAAACUUGGCUAGUUGGCAUGUGCUAGCCUUAAUUCAUCGCCCUCCUUGGUUCGAACCACACAAGCCGCCGGAGACCUUCCCAACCUUUCACGGAUCGCAUUUCCUGUGUCCACCCUUCAGCUUUUCUGCGCCGUGCCUGUGCGAUAACACAUACACAGACGAUCUACAUCCAUUUUUGCCUUUGGCUAUCCAUACAACCAUAUCCUGCGAGACCGAAAACGACAGGCCCGUAAGUGACGUCCCUGCCAUGGACGAGUUCGCGCAAACACGUGGAGGGGAUGACCUGUUCGACGAUGAAAUCAUCCCUGUCUCUGCAGAGCAACAACAACAACAACAACAACUGCAACUGCAAGAACAACAAGAGCGACACUCCCUACCGGCGGAUGACCACCAGCAGUCGUUUGAAGAGAAUAUCGCGCCUACAACAGCAUCAACUACUAUCGAGAGAGACGUAUCAUCGCCUGCGCGGACUGACACCCCGUCGCGGUCACGCGGGGGUGAGCGACGGGGGAGGGGAAGGGGAGGCAGAGGGAGCCGGGGUGGGCGUCGGGGGUCGCAGAAUUCUGGCCGGAGGGGCGAUUCGAACGUGAGAAAUAAUCACAACCAUCAUAACAAUAAGACUGCCGCGGAGAGCCCCGUGGAGGGUAGCGAGGACAGCAACAAGAGUCCCGUGGAAGAGGCCACGACUACUACCCCCUCGGCUGCCUCUGGGGCUGGGGCUGGGGCUGGGGCUGGGGCUGCGGAGACGGAACAACCGGCGGGUGAGAAGCCUGCAGCGGAGGGCCCGCGGGUGCCUGCUGUACGUGGGGAUCGGAGUGCUACGGGUGGUAUCAAAAAGCCGAAACUCACGGAAGAGGAGCUCUCGCGUCGGAUUGCGGCUGCGAAGGAAAACGCUGCCAAGGUUGCCGCGGCGCACGCUCGGGCUGAAGCCGACCAAGCCUCGUUUCUUGAGAGGGAGAAGGUUGCGGAGGAGAAGAGACGCCAGGAACGGGUACAGCGCCGGGUCAUGGAUAACGAGCGGGAACGUAACCGACAGCGGAAGUUGCAAGCCUUUGCAGGCCGGGAGUGGGAUGCUCAGAAGAAGGAGGAGGAUUUCGCCCCGCGCGGUGGGCGUGGGGGCUUCCGUCGAGGUAUGCACGGUGGUGUUUCUGGAUACACUAGACGCGAUUUUGAAGGCCAGCCGGGCGACCAGCCUAAUGGUGAGGCUCAUGAGGAGUCCCACGGUGACAGUCCUCGAGGGGGUCCUCGAGGUCGAGGCCGUGGGGGUCGCGGCGGGCGUGGCCGCGGUGGUCAUCGUGGCCCACGGGAGGAGAUUCCCCAGACAGAUGGUCCAGCUGAGAACUUGCCAGGCUUGGGUGAGUCGAGGUGGGCUCCUGCUCCGGUGAUUGACAACGAGGCAGACUUUCCUGCGCUUCCCGGCAGUGAAAAGAACGGAAAGGACACCUCGAAAGAUGCCCCGAAAGAGUGGGUCAAGGAGGAACAGAAGGAAACUCAGAAGGAGGUCGUCCAGGACCCCUCCAAUGAACCUAAGGAACUUAAGGAGCCCCCCAACGCCGCAACGACUGCAGUGAACCUGGAUCUUCUCAACGUGGACCCUCUAUCACCAAUGGAGGGGACCUCUUGGGCUGAACAAGUCGAGUCCCAGUGAUUCUCUAUUUGGGUCUACGUUUUUAUUCUUCUCUGGAUUCUUGGAUUGUUGAAGACCUCCAUGAUUGAUGCAUUUAUUAUAAUUCCCCAAUUACACUUGCUAUUGGCUGCGAUUCAGAGGUAUUUCUCCUUUCUUGGUAUUUUGGAUAUACCAUAGCUGAUAGGUUAUGAUGUGAUGUAUAU